GAACGCAGCUUUGAUUGUAAGAUUUGUGGCAAGAGUUUUAAGAGAUCUUCUACUCUGUCCACUCACCUGCUCAUCCACUCAGACACCCGGCCCUACCCGUGCCAGUACUGUGGGAAGCGGUUCCACCAGAAAUCGGAUAUGAAGAAACACACCUUCAUUCACACAGGCGAGAAGCCUCACAAGUGCCAGGUGUGUGGGAAAGCCUUUAGUCAGAGCUCCAACCUCAUCACCCACAGUCGGAAGCACACAGGCUUCAAGCCCUUCGGCUGUGAUCUGUGUGGCAAAGGCUUCCAACGAAAGGUGGAUUUACGGAGGCACCGGGAGACACAGCAUGGCCUGAAAUGA